UGACACCCACAGGGUUAAACCUAGUUGCUGAAGCCACCCCCUCUUCCCCUCCCAGUCCCCCUUUUCACAGUAGCCUGGCAGCUGUCCCAACUGCCUACCGAAGCCAAAUGCUUGAAGAGAGAGAGAGAGUAAGGAGCCAGCCAUGAAUCUCUUCCAGAAAAAUGAGUUCAAGGAAACUCCUUUUUUACCUGUCUCCCCUGAAGAGGUACCACCUCGACCACCCAGCUUUCCAAAGAAGCCAUCUCCGAAAAUCUGUGGCUCCAACUAUCCACUGAGUAUUGUCUUCAUUGUGGUGAAUGAAUUCUGUGAGCGCUUUUCCUAUUAUGGCAUGAAAGCUGUGCUGACCCUGUAUUUCCUGUAUUUCCUGCACUGGAGUGAAGACACUUCCACAUCUGUAUACCAUGCCUUCAGCAGCCUCUGUUAUUUCACUCCCAUCCUGGGAGCAGCCAUUGCUGACUCAUGGUUGGGAAAAUUCAAGACAAUCAUCUAUCUCUCCUUGGUGUAUGUGCUUGGCCAUGUGAUCAAGUCCAUGGGUGCCUUACCAGUACUGGGGGGACAAAUGUUACACACAGUCCUAUCAAUGGUCGGCCUGAGUCUAAUAGCUUUGGGGACAGGAGGUAUCAAACCCUGUGUGGCAGCUUUUGGUGGAGACCAGUUUGAAGAAAAACAUGCAGAGGAACGGACUAGAUACUUCUCAGUCUUCUACCUCUCCAUCAAUGCAGGGAGCUUGAUUUCUACAUUUGUCACACCCAUGCUGAGAGGAGAUGUGCAAUGUUUUGGGAAAGACUGCUAUGCAUUGGCUUUUGGAGUUCCAGGAUUGCUUAUGGUGAUAGCUCUUGUUGUGUUUGCAAUGGGAAGCAAAAUAUACAGAAAACCACCUCCUGAAGGAAACAUAGUGACUCAAGUUGUCAAAUGUAUCUGGUUUGCCAUUUCCAACCGUUUCAAGAACCGUUCUGCGGACAUUCCAAAGCGAGAGCACUGGCUGGACUGGGCAGCUGAGAAAUACCCAAGGCACCUCAUUAUGGAUGUGAAGGCACUGACCAGGGUACUAUUUCUUUAUAUCCCGUUGCCCAUGUUCUGGGCUCUUUUGGAUCAGCAGGGCUCACGAUGGACCUUGCAAGCCACCAGGAUGAAUGGGAAUUUGGGUUUUUUUGUGCUUCAGCCUGACCAGAUGCAGGUACUAAAUCCCUUUUUGGUUCUUAUCUUCAUCCCAUUGUUUGACCUUGUCAUUUAUCGUCUGGUCUCCAAGUGUGGCAUUAACUUCACAUCACUUAGGAAAAUGGCUGUUGGUAUGAUCCUAGCAUGCCUGGCCUUUGCAGUUGCUGCUACUGUAGAGAUAAAAAUUAAUGAAAUGGCCCCACCCCAACCAGAUUCCCAAGAGAUUUUCCUACAAGUCUUGAAUCUGGCAGAUAAUGAGGUGGAGGUUACAGUGCUGGGAGAUGAAAACAACUCUCUGUUGGCAGAGUCCAUCAAAUCCUUUCAGAAAAUGCCACACUAUUCCAGACUCCACCUGAAGACAAAAAGCCAGAAUUUCCACUUCCAACUGAAAUAUCACAAUUUGUCUGUCUACACUGAGCAUUCUGUGGAGGAGAAAAAAUGGUACACUCUGAUCAUUCGAGAAGAUGGGAGAAGUAUUUCUAGCAUGAUGGUAAAGGAUGAAGAAAACAAAACAACCAAUGGGAUGACAGCCAUGAGGUUUGUUAACACUUUGCAUGAAGAGAUCAACAUCUCCCUGGGUACAGAUAGCUCCCUCCGUGUUGAAGAAGACUAUGGUGUGUCUGCUUACAGAAGUGUGCAAAGAGGAGAAUAUCCUGCAGUGCCUUGUAGAACAAAAAAUGAGGACUUUUCACUGAAUUUGGGUCUACUAGACUUUGGUGCAGCUUAUCUGUUUGUUAUUACUAAUAGCACCAGUCAGGGUCCUCAGGCCUGGAAGAUGGAAUAUAUCCCAGCCAACAAAAUGUCCAUCGCAUGGCAGCUACCACAAUAUGCCCUUGUUACAGCUGGGGAGGUCAUGUUCUCUGUCACAGGACUUGAGUUUUCUUAUUCUCAGGCUCCCUCUAGCAUGAAGUCGGUACUCCAGGCAGCCUGGUUGUUGACAGUUGCAGUUGGGAACAUCAUCGUGCUUAUUGUGGCACAGUUCAGCAGCCUGGUACAGUGGGCCGAAUUCAUUUUGUUUUCCUGCCUCCUACUGGUGGUCUGCCUGAUCUUCUCCAUCAUGGGCCACUACUAUGUUCCUAUAAAGCCAGAGGAUAUUCAGGGGUCAGCAGAUAAGCAGAUUCCCAAAAUCCAAGGAAACAUGAUCAACCUGGAGACCAAGAAGACAAAGCUCUAAUGACUCCCUGGACCCUGCCCAGACCCCAGUUCCUGACUCUGGUCUUGGCCGUCACCAUCUUCAAGCAUUUUUUACUCCGACUUGGUUAGAAGAGAGAAGUAGUAUCAUAUCUGAGCUAAUCUCCUCUACUUUUCUCCCAUGAUAGAGGCAGUUCUAGGACUGGGUUUUUCAGUACAUUAUAGCAAGGCCCCUGAGACUCUAUGUCUUCCCAUCUGUCAGUGAACUCGGUAAACCUUGUGUAGUGUUGCUGAAGCUGGCCUGCUACCUCCAAAUGGCCAUGAAAAACACAAGUGUAUAAUUGAGGUUAGUCCCUGUGGUUAUCAAAGUUAUGUAGGAAUUGUUUUACCUGCCAUUUAGAACUGCUGACCCCACUUUUUGAAGUGCUGAUUUAGAGGCAAAAUUGCAGAAUAACAGAGAAAUGGUAUUUCAAGUUUCUUCAUUAGCAGUGUAAUUGUACUGUGUACAAGGACCUCAAGAAUUGGUAUGUCUGGUGUGAUCUGGUCCAGGGCCUGGCUUCUCAGGUAUCCAGAUUUGAUAAGACCUUAGUUAAUUUUUCAGUACAGAUAGUAGGAAACAAAAUGACAUUUUAUUAACACAUAGGAGAAGAUAUAUCUUUCUGAUAAUUACAGUAUUUUAUCUACUAACCCAAAUCCCCUUUCUCAGUACUGAUAGAUAUUUGGAAACCAAAUUAAAGAUAGUAAACAUGGUUCUGGAAAAGAGAACAAGUAUAAAUUGCAGAAGUCCUAAUGAGCCAUUUCUUCUACAGUGUACAUUCUUCUUAGGGACUACAAUGUUUCAGCCCUAGAGUGCGCCCUCCUGUGGACAGCUGUGUAGACACUAAUUAUAAUUUUCCACCCCUGCCUUUUCAAAGUUGUUGGACCAGCUUUUUCUUAUUAUUACAUCAUCUUGCUUAUUGCAACAAGUAUUUAAUAACGACAGUAUUUUUAUGAAUACAACUUCCUUUUUUAUUAGUACUUCCCUCGGCCUGAAAGUAGUGGAUCUGUUUUGAUAAUUUUUCCUGUUUUACUUUUCCCAAAAUUUUUAAAUGCCAUUUCUUCAUUUAGGCCUGGAUUUUCCUGUUUAUUAAAAAAAAAAGUUAUAUUAAUACUCUAGGUUUGAGCUUCUAAAAUGGCAAUGCUCAAUGGGGGACAUGGUCCCAUAUUAGGAUUCUAACAAAAUCUGGGGGUUGAGGGAAGGAGUGGUAGAACAUGACAGGUUUUUGUUUGUUGCUGUGUUGGUGAAAAAAUUUGAGAAAUAUUACCUUGCACACAAUGAAUGAAUCAGUGGACAGACAUGGGAAUAUCAUGACUCUACAGUGUAUUGCUGGGGGAAAAGUUCAGAACAGUUGUCCUAGAGAGCCUCAUUUCCAUUGGUUUUGCUCCAUUAUUCUCAUCUAGAACUGUGUUGAGUCAGUCUCAUGUUGUAAAUGUAACAAGGAAAGUUGCUUCAGUUUCCCAAGCUUUAAUACUCUAGUCUUAGUUACCAAGUUUUCCGAAGUACCGAAGUGACAGCAACACCAUCCAGUUUCCACAGAUAUCUUAAUGUGAACCUGACUGUGCUUCUUGAGAAGAUUCUCUGUUCAUUUUUGAGCAGCUUUAACUCAAUCUGUUCUAUGAACUAUUGUUUCAAGAGAUAUUAACAGUGCUCUGUGAAUAAAAGUUUUUAUGGAUAAAUAA